AUGAACACGCCCUACGCCCCCCGAAAUACGACGGCCCUGCCCAUCGACACCAACAACCGCGACUCUUCAGACAACUCGCAUCGGGGCCGUGAUGCCUUGAGGUCUCGUCCCAUCCCCGUUCCCGUCUCUGCUCCCGCUCCCGCUGCCGCCUCCCUUGCGCCCGCCUCCCGUCGUCACGACCACGCAUAUGCCGUGCUGUCCACUAGUCCUUUGGCUUCCUUCACACUCCCAGAUGUAUCUGUCACAACGCCGCCUCUCGCCCACUUCCGUGCCAAUACAAUAGCGCCAUCUCCCCCGAUCCAGCAGGGCGAACUGCCGCCCCCUCAGCUCGCUGGCUUGACUCCAGACUUCUCUUCGCCUGCUGCCAGACGCUCCCAUAGUCCCCUGGGAUCACUGCGUAUCUCAACAGACUUUCCUGCCUUUCCUUCAACCCCUACCAGACGCGAAUCUUUCAAUGGCAACGGUAGCUCGUCCUCGCGUGGUUCUCUGACGCUGAACCACAGGGCUUCGGCCAGUAGCUUGCGCCCCAUCUCGAGAACACCGAGCCUCAAGCAGGCCUUAGCCAAUAGUAUCGGCACCGCCAGUGGGACCAGCAGCUUGGUUCCCAGCCCUAUUAUAUCUGCCAUGGGCGACGUCACUCCGCUCCCGAGUCCCCUGAUGUCGGGCGACUCCCCUGGACCCUGGAAGAGGCUGAGCGCGGGUUCUGCGUCACCUCCGCAGCUCCGCCUCAAAAGUGUCGGAGAAGGCUCUGUCCUCGUCACCAGCAACGGCGAAUCCAUCGAUGCCGCUCUUGCCAACGGCGCCAAGCGUAAAAUAUACUCGACUCUUGAGCCUGGUGAGCAUGUACCGACACAGACCACGACCAGCCAACCCCGACACCCUCAUACUCGAAACCGAAGUGUCAGUGAAUACAUUCCUGACCCUAUGGGUAUCCCCAAGAGACAAAUUUCUGUAUCUGGAACCCACCCUAAGAUUGAAGCUUCGGAACAUCCACUUGAACCUCAUAUUCGCCGAGAGCUCAACCUUGCCCAGUCUCGUGGCCUCACACCUUCUGUCGCUCAACCACCCACUCCUCCCCCAAGCGAGUCCUCGCGAGACUCUGCCGAUGGCACCAGCAAGCCUAAAGGGCCCAGUUUCGAAUACUUCGAGGCCUUUGGCCGCCAGGAUAGGAAGCGUCGUCGAUGGAGAGCUGUACGACUACUUGGCCAAGGAACCUUUAGUCGGGUCAUGUUGGCCACAAGUCAGAUAGAACCUGACGAGGAUUCUCCCGAAGUCGACCAUGGACGGCUUACACCGAAACCCGAGCAGAGCCUUGACCGCAAGACACUAGUUGCUGUCAAGGUAUGUGAGCAUGGGCCCAAGGGCGGCGCCAGCGAAGAGCGGGUUGAGAUGAGCCUGAAGCGGGAGCUCGAGAUUAUGCAAUCGAUCCACCAUCCCUCUCUGGUUGACCUCAAGGCUUGGAGCAUUGAACCUACACGGGCAAUUCUCGUCUUGAGCUACUGCCCUGGAGGCGAUCUCUUCGAUGUUGCGACCACGCAUCGCUCGGUCCUCAAGGAACCACUGAUGCGAAGAAUCUUUGCCGAGUUGGUAGGCGCUGUGAGCUAUCUUCACGAAAGGAGAAUUGUGCACAGAGAUAUCAAGCUCGAGAAUGUGCUUGUGAACCUCACUCCUUCUGAACUCGCAGAUCCGUCAAUUGACUGGGCGACUUAUCCUCACUCAGUUGUCAUCCUAACCGAUCUGGGCCUCUCACGACGUAUUGCCGACGACGAGAAGCUCGAAACCCGAUGCGGAUCCGACGACUACGCAGCACCCGAAGUUAUCAUGGGCCAGCCCUACGACGGGCGAGCAACUGAUGCUUGGUCCCUCGGAGUACUGCUCUACGCUCUCCUCGAGGCUCGACUACCCUUUGAUCCCCACCCGGGCAUGAGUGACGCGCACCGCAUGCGCAGCCGCACCAGCCACCGCAUCGCCAGGGUUGAGUGGCGAUGGGUUGAGUACGCUGGCGACGACACUGACCACGAUGGUGACGAGGCUAAGUUCAAGGAGAAGGGCCUCUUGGGCGCUAUGGAGAUUACGGAAGGAUUGUUGAAGCGAGCGAGGGGCCGAUGGACCGUCGAAAAGGUGGCCAAAACGGCCUGGGUUCAAGAUGCCAUCAAAGUGGAAGGCGGAUUGCGAUUCAGGGAAGAGAAAGACGGCGAAGAAGUGGCCUAA